AUGGGCCGAACAGAGAACCGCAGUCUGCCCGCCCUUCCGCCAGGGUCCCCGAGCUCGGAAGCACGGAACCGAUGCGUGGUCGCGGCCGAGGCGUGUACCGCAGACGCGCGGUGUCAGCAGCUGCGCACCGAGUACGUGGCGCAGUGCCUGGGUAGGACCGCGUCCGGCGGCUGUCCCCGCGCCCGAUGCCGCCGCGCCCUGCGCCGUUUCUUCGCCCACGGAUCGCCCGCGCUCACCCACGCACUACUCUUUUGCCCGUGCUUUGAUCCCGUGUGCGCCGAGCGCCGGCGCCAGACCUUCGUGCCCGCCUGCGCUUUUUCCGGGCCCGACCCAGUGCAGCCUUCCUGCCUCGGGUCCUUGGCGGCCUGCGAGCACAGCACGGUGUGCAGGCCCCGCCUCCUGGCCUUCCGGGCCUCCUGCGCACCGGUCCCCAGCGUCUCCGACGGAUGCCCACCAGGUCAGGGCUCCCACUGCCUGCGCGCCUACGCCGGCCUCGUUGGCACCAUAGUCACCCCCAACUACGUGGACAACAGGAGCGCGCGCGUGGCGCCCUGGUGCAACUGUGGAGCCAGCGGAAACCGGCGGGAAGAGUGCGAAGCUUUCCGGGAGCUCUUUACUAAGAACCACUGCUUGGAUGGUGCCAUACAAGCCUUUGACAGCAGGCGGCCCCCAGUCAUGCAGGACCAUCAAGACCCCCGCCAAGACCUGGAGCACAGCCUCCUGGAGCUUUUCCCCCUCGAACUAAAAAAGGCAUACAGAGGACAUGCAGAUUGCUUUCCAAGUUACCAGAUGGUUUGCCACUGCCUGAGGGGGUCCCCAGCUGUUCUGCCUGCUGUGUCUGCCUGCCACCUGGCCCCUAACUAAGACGAUGUCACGUGUUUGAGGUUUU